CCCAACGGUCUUUUGUCGAAGACUUUGGCUGGCUGACAACUCCAAACUGCCUUUACCGACAGCGGCACCAUGGCGCUCAUGUUUUGGGGAGUUUUUCUCCAGCAAGCUGCAAUAUCUUCAGCUGUCACAGUGAAAGAAGGAUCUGUUCCGCUGGGUGGAAAUCUCAUUGUCUUUGUCCUCUUUGCCCUUGCACAUCUCACAGCUCCUGUGGUUGCACAAGUUUCAGGAAGCCCAACGUUGAUAGUUCAGAAGGAAGAAGACGCAGAAGGAUCUCCAACCACAACAGAAUUCUUUCUGAGUACAGCAGGAGCAUUAACAAAUGAAACUCACAAUCCAGAAAAUGAGAAUGUAUCAACAGAAGAAAUGACAACUGUAACUGAAGUUGGCACAAGCUUUGUGGAGCUCACGAACACUCCAGGUACCACAUCUCAACUUCCAUCUGUUGACCAAGAAAAGACAACAGAUGCUGAGAUGAAUGAAUAUCAUGAUAAUCUUUUCUAUUAUGAUUAUUACUCCUUGCGCAAAUGGGGAUUAGUAGCUGCUGCCAUACUUUUCAUCUUGGGCAUUCUCAUUCUUACUUGUGGUAAACAUGGGAAAUUUCCAAGAUGCCGAGGGAAAAAGCGGGGAAGAGCAUAUAAUGUAUCCCUGGCUUGAAACCUCUUUGCCUGAAGCCUCUGAAGACUGCAUUGGGAAUGCUUUGGAUCAAUCAGGAGGCACCCUUUCCUAUGGUGAAGAAACGUUUGGUGUUCUCCCAAAACCGUCUCCCUGCCAUCUGACUCUCUGUUCGUCCUUAGUAUGAUCCUGCAACAUCAGUCCAUUUUUUUUGCCCUCUCCCUAAAUUAUCUUUUUGUUACAUUAAACUAGUUCCUUGGCACAACCACAAGAUCUGCAAAUUCAUUGUUCCUUUCUUUGCCUGCCUGAGAUCAAGAUUGUAUGGAUUAUGACCAUUGUUCUUGGUUGCUGAGCAAAGUCUCUGCCAAGAAGUCUCAAGUUCUGUUCUCUCAAUAAAUUUUUGGCGUGGUUUGUUGCUUCUAAGUUUCCUGA